AGAGAGAGGGAGGGUUAGGGUUAGAGAGAGUCUAGAGGGGGAGUCAAAGAGAGGCAGCAGCAGAGACAGAUCAUCGACCGGCCUGGUCCCGGGUGAAAAGUGAAACCGAUCGUCUCAGUCGGAUGUCCUCUGUACAUGGCUGUUGAUUUGGACUUCAGGACUGUGAAGUCACACCAUCAUGGACGGAGUAUUUCAAAGUCCUCACACACACAACCAGUCCAACAUGUUCAUCUCCGUCUUCAACUCCAGCUGUCGAUUCGACGAGGAGUUUAAGUACAUCCUGCUCCCCGUGUCUUACAGCCUGGUGUUUGUGGUCGGCUUUGUCCUCAACGCCACAGCUCUGUGGUUGUUCCUCAAAAUGCGUCCGUGGAACACCAGCACGGUGUUCAUGUUCCACCUGGCCCUGUCUGACUUCCUGUAUGUCCUCUCCUUGCCCACACUUAUCUAUUACUAUGCUAACCGCAGCCACUGGCCAUUUGGAGUGGCUGCCUGCAAAUUAGUGCGCUUCCUCUUCUACGCCAACCUGUACUGCAGCAUUCUCUUCCUCACCUGCAUCAGUGUGCACCGGUACUUGGGCAUCUGCCACCCCAUCAAGGCGCUGACUCUAGUGAAGUCCCGUCAUGCCCACCUGGUGAGUGCCAUGGUGUGGUGUGUGGUCACUAUCUGCUUGGUGCCAAAACUUAUUUUUGUCACCACCUCCAGGAGGGACAAUGACACUCUGUGCCACGAUACAACCAGCCAGGGGAACUUUGAUGAAUAUGUGGACUACAGCUCUGUGCUCAUGGUGCUCUUCUUUGGCAUUCCCUUCAUGGUCAUAGUGGUGUGUUACUGUCUGAUGGCGCGGACCCUGUGCCGGCCCACGCGUGGGUUAUCUGCCGUGCAGCAGAACAGCGCCUCACGUCAGAAAUCCAUCAAACUCAUCAUUGUGGUGUUGGUGGUGUUCGCCGUGAGCUUCGUCCCCUUUCACGUCACAAGGACUCUUUACUACACCUCACGGGUGUUAAACCUCAACUGUAAAUUUCUCAACAUAGUCAACUUUACUUACAAGAUCACCAGGCCUCUGGCCACCGUCAACAGCUGCAUCGACCCGAUUCUGUAUUUCCUGGCCGGGGAUCACUACCGCUCCAAAAUGAUGUCUGUGCUGGCAGGAAAAAGACAGAUGACCAGCAGCCACACACCGGAGCAGCCACAGAGACAGCUGACCAGUAACGAUGGCAUCGCUCUAGUCUACUGUAACACUGCCCUUAAAGACAGGCCAGAGGUCAAGAGAUAGUAGAAACUUGGUUGCAGAAAUGUUUCUGUUUCAAACAAGGGGACAUUUUGAAGCAACUGUUUGCAGUGUCUGCAGUGCCUUGUACUUACAGCUGGGCUUUUACUUCAUGUUUUGUACAAAAUAGUUUUUAUUUCAUUUCACAAAUGUCAGUUUUGUCUGAGUGGAGUAUAUUUUAAUCAAAGAAGCAGAAUUGUAGGCAGCAAUGACUGAUUUCUUUUUUGGGCUUAUAUGAUAAUACUUAGCCUGGCAUUUACUGUAUGUGAAAGUACUUCAGAAUAUUUACCUAAAUGGACUUGCCGGAAUUUUUUUUGACAUAAUUUGAAUCUGCCAUUUCUCUUGUUUUGUUUUGUGUUGACUUUAAUGUCCGUCAGGACUUAGACACUUUAAGGGAUUUAUUAUCCUUCACCACAGAGGACAGCUACAAAAAAAUAUUUUUUACAUUUUACAACACUAAGCUCAGUCUGUACCAAGCAGUAUUUGUGCUGCUGUAUUCUGGUACUUUAUGUUGAAACUAUAAAUUAAAGGUAUUUUAUAUUGUGUAUUUAUUUGCAGCAAUGCUGCUUUCAACUGGUAUUUUCUUUUGUUUUCAUUUGCAAGUGGUCUGGAUGUUGCGUUUAAAAAAAGGUUUGCAUUAAAAUAUACCCCAGUACAUUGACUUUAUACAAUUCUAGAGAUUGGAUCUCCUCUUUAACCUCACCUAAGUAUGGACAGAGAGACUCAUUGUUGUAUGUCUCUUGUUUCAGAGAGUGGAAGACUAGUAAUCCAUUUUACUAAUACACAUUUUUUUAUAUAUAUAAUUUUUUAGGUCAAAAAUGUGUCAUUACCUUGUCUGUCAAAUUUUCAAAACUACAUGAAUUUUUGGUUCACUGGUUCAUUUUUAAAUUAAAAACAACAUUGUAUAAGUGUACUCAACUUGUGGACUGGGGUAUUUUAACUGUGUCUAGCACCUCCCAGAGGCAAUGGUAGGAGCUACAUGCCCUGUGUUUACGAACUUAAUUGUUCCAUCACAAACAAUUAAGCUGAAACGUUACAAUAGCAUUAAAGCACCUUUUAUGGCAUUGCAGCUUAUUCUUAAUAUGAAAUAUAGUUCUAAUUAAGCUGUAGAUACAUUCAGGAAGUUAUGGUUUAUAUGUUUUAGGCAUUCCUUCCUGUUUUAUCAACAAUACCCUCCUGUUACCCAGAAACCGUAAUUAAACCCCCCCCAGCUGUUUGUGUCCUUCAACUUUUCCAGCUGCCUUUUGCUCAACUAUGAAGAAAAGCAGGGUGAGGCAGACUGAUCUGGAGAAUACAUCACUACACACCACCCACGCUUCAUCAGACCGAUAAGGGAUUUUCUUUUUUCCCUUUUGAGUAGAUACAUGGAAUGUAAAGACCUUCAACUCCACAGUAGUUUUGAAGAAGCUGAAGUGAAAGAGAGCGUGACUACGUGUUUACUUUUUCUAGACAUCGUGAAAUUUGCUCAUGUAGCAUGAUCUGAAUGUCCUGAAGUAAGGAUACCUUUCAGAAGUGUAAAUAUUUAAAAGUAGAACUAUUCAAUUUGUUUGUUUAAUAUAAUUAAAUCUAAGAGAAUGUACAAAUGAUUUAAUAGAAAAAACUAAAUACAAAAUAAAUACAUUUACAUCCUG